AUGCGCGCCACUUCUACUACUUUGUCGGGUCCAGAUGUCAUCAUCAACUCGGUCGAUGCUUAUCAAAUCCGCCUUGCCGUGACUGGCACCUCCUGCGAUAAAUACCCUGCCAAACAGCAUGCGCGCAACGUCGCCCGCAAACUCGGUGUCUCUCAUGGCUUGAUCUUCAUCGCUGGAGAACCCACGGCCUUACUCCGCGACUCAGAUCAAGAGCGCCCGUUCCGACAACGGCGAUACUUCUACUACCUGAGUGGUGUGGUCGAGCCGAGCUGCGCCCUGACAUACGAUAUCAGUUUAGAUAACCUGACCCUCUAUGUGCCGGACUUUGAUCUCCAUCGGGCAAUCUGGAUGGGACCGACCCUGAGCCGCGAAGAGGCCCAAGAUCGCUAUGAUAUUGACCGGGUGCUUUAUCAAUCAUCACUCCAACAGGAACUGGGAUCAUGGCUGAGCCAACGAGCCCAAAACAGCUUGUUGUAUAUGGUGCAUGAGUCGGAGGUUCCGAAGGGCUUACCGGCUGAGCUACCGCUGGACUCGGCGCAGCUCAAGCCGGCCAUGAAUGCAGCUCGGGGGAUCAAAGACGAGUAUGAGAUUCGGAUGAUUCGCCAGGCAAAUAAAGUAUCUGCGCUGGCACACCGGAAAGUUCUCGAAGGCAUCCAGAAGAUGACAAAUGAGUCGCAGAUUGAGGGACUCUUUCUUGACACAUGCAUUUCUCAUGGUGCUCGGAACCAAGCAUAUCAGAUCAUCGCGGGAUCGGGACCGAACGCGGCCGUUCUGCACUAUUCCUCGAACAACCAGUCUCUCUCGGGGAGACCCCUUGUGUGUCUGGAUGCUGGUGCGGAGUGGGAAUGCUAUGCUAGUGACGUUACCCGGACAUUCCCGCUCAAGGGAGAAUGGCCCAGCAAAUACGUAUCGGAUAUUUAUAAGUUGGUUGAGCGCAUGCAGGAAGAGUGCAUCAAGGGAAUUCGAGUUGGCACACGCUUCCUCAAUCUGCAUAACCUAGCCCAUGAAAUUGCGAUCGAUGGACUGUUGGCCCUCGGUGUCUUGAAGGGUGGAUCGGCUGCUGAACUCCAUUCAUCAGGCGUAUCAAAGGUGUUCUUACCUCAUGGACUAGGUCAUCACGUUGGACUCGAGGUUCAUGAUGUUUCUGAGACGGAGAUUAUGGCCUUGAACUCCGGCCUGGACCAAUCAAAUUAUGCUCCGGUCCUGAAUUCUGCCGUUUGUCGGGCCCCUUGUACCCUUUCUUCCCCAUUGUUGCAAGAGGGCAUGGUGGUCACCAUUGAGCCGGGUCUCUACUUUUCACCUUUGGCUCUUGCCAAUGCCCGUAAGCAACCCUACGCUAAGUAUAUUGAUUUCGAGGUUGCGAACGAAUACGUUCAUAUCGGUGGUGUUCGUAUUGAAGAUGAUAUCCUUGUUACGGCUAAUGGUUACGAGAACCUUACUACCGCACCGAAAGGAGAUGCAAUGCUCGCAAUUAUUCGGAACUCUGUAUAG